UAACGUCUCCUAGUUCGUGGCUUCGUGUCCUCGAUGGGAAUACCUGCGGUGGGAUGGAACUAGCAAAAUUCGGAGAAAAAGAUCCUAUUCCUCAUUCAGGUAUCAACUCCACCCAAAAUGUGAUGACUAUCGUCUACUCAUCCGCCUUUUCACUGACAAGGGAAACAUUCAACGCCACUUUUACAGAAGUUAUACCAGAAGAAGUCACAACUACCGUGACUCCCACAACGACUAACGAUACUAUAGCGGAAGGCACUGUGAAAUCGAUCACAAAUGAUGGAUCCACGUCUUCAACGGUGACACCAGAUCCUAGUUUUGAAAUCGAUUAUAGAGAGGAAUACAACACUUCCCUUGGAACAAUAUUCCAGCUUGAUAUACCCUACACAUUGCUCGGCGGCAUACUCUUGUGUGCGUUGCUAAUUUCAUUUGGUCAAACGGAGUAAACCGGAAGACGCAGUUUGGCGUAGCACCGCUUUUCGUUGGGUGUUUCCUUACAAGGUCAAUUUUGAAUUUGUGCCUUUGUUAACGUAUGUGUGCGAAUUUCGUUUGGUUAGUGGAAUUGAACCGGAAGACCUAGUGUUUUGCAUGACACUGCCUUGAACUAUAAUUCUACUGACAUUAUUUCUUGUGACAAAUAAAAUUUUGUUUGUGCGUCC